AUGCCCCGUCACAAAUUUCCGGCCGUCGGCUCGCAGGACUUUGAAGAUUCAUCUCCUGAAGGCGCGGCCUCAGUUUCAAUGAAUUUUAGAAGUGCCGCUACACGCAACAUCGUCCAGCCAACGGAGGCACCCGAGGGCAACGGCGUCGCCAGAAAAAGAAGGCCAAACCUCCGGCCAGAGGCCAAGGCCGUCCUGACGGCGUGGCUGACGGAGCAUCGCCACCAUCCGUACCCCACGGAGGAGGAGAAAGAUGCCCUUGUUUGCGAGGCAGGGGUGACUCUUGCGCAGGUUUGCAAUUGGUUCAUUAACGCUCGUCGCCGCCAAUUGCCCGGAAUGUUGCAGCAAGAAGGCUGCUCUCCAGAGAAUUAUACCAUAACUCGCAUGGGUAACCCCAAGUCCAAGCAAUCCCCUCCUGGGACUGGUGACUUUCAACCGUGUUGGCCCAUCGCGAGCCCAAAAUCUGAAUCUUGA